AUGGCCUGCAACAGCACAGACCUGACGUCUCUCCGUAUAGGCGACAACACCGUCGAGCGCACGGACAACUUCAGGUACCUCGGAUCUGUGCUUGAUGCGUCCGGGGACAUCGAUCGCGACAUCAACCAUGACCCCAAAAUGCCGGUCAAGCUGAAGGGACAGGUCUAUAGAGACUACAGUGAAGCGUGGCCGGUGCUGGAGUGA